CGCCGUCCGUCAUCUUCAUCCGGCUGGUUCUGGUUCCCGUCGUAGCAGGUCUACAUCCGCCCACAGCCCAUCUUCCAUCCAAGCCAAUCUACAUUCCCCGUCCAUAAUCCCAUCAUGCAGCUCCGAUUGACCACCACUUUUGCUUCCCUUGCCGCAUUUUUGGCUUUGGCCGCCUAUGCUGCUCCUAUGCCUGAAGGCAGCUCCUUCGAUCUCUCCUUGGAAGCUCGUGGUUUCGAGGACGUUGAUCUUGAGGCACGCGACUUCGAUUCCGAGCUCGACCUCGCAUCUCGAGACUUCCUUGACAAUGACGACCUGCUCGAAAUGCGCGAGCCCUUGGAAGACGACCUCCUCGAGAUGCGUGAGCCCUUGGAAGACGAUCUCGAGAUGCGCGAGCCAUCAGAAGACGACAUGCUCGAGAUGCGACAGGUCGAGGACGAGCUUUUCAACCUCGUCAUGAGGGACUUCUUUGAUGAACUUGAGGCGCGAGCUAAGUUUGGCUUCGGUCUACGCAAACAACCAAAGACCGCUACAUUCAAGACUCCGUCUGCCAAGUACACAGGCGACGAAGUCAACAAAGCCGCCAAGAAAGCACUCAAGAACGUCGAAGCGGGCAAGAAGGUGAAGGGAUACCCAAAGGAGGGCUCCGGUUUCCGCAAAUCCGAAGCCAAAGCCGAUCCUACAAAGGGUAAAGGGAAGUCCUACCAUGCUCCCUUGCGCAAGAAGGGUGCACCCUACCCCGGUCCCGACCGCGUAAUCGUCAACAAGAAACCCGGCAAGACCAAGUACACCUCCCAUGUUGCUUACCACGACCCCAAGAAGCCCGUUCCAAAGGGCACCGGCGCUAAGAGCAACCCCUUCACCAAGGGCAAGCAGAAGUUCAACGGAAAGGGUCGUUAAAUGACGCGUCAGUGUAUGUAUUGUAGACAGAGAAGCAAGAAUGGAACGAUGAUGAUGACACUCGAA